GAUGUACGAGCCCACAGGCAGACAUUGCGGUGUGCUGUUUAUUCAUACAGUGGAGGGGGGGGUGCGGGAGGCGACUCAGGAAACAUGAGCCUCCAGGGGAAAAAGGCAAGGGGCGAGCCCCGAUAUUCUAUAGGAGGAAAUGAGCCAUGUGGGCGUAGGACUAACGGAGACCACUUCCAGUCCAGAGGCACUGUGGUUCAGGGUGCCCUGUGGUGACCCUGCAGCCUCCAUCCAGACACUGGGAAUUGAGGCCCUUCAGCGCUACCGUCAAGCCAUAAAGCUGGAGGAUAGAGACGGGGACAUGGAGUUUAGCAUGCAGAGGUGCAGGGGUGGAGAGAUCCUUCAUCCUGAGGACAUGGCAGAGGACGUUCUGGAGGACAAUGACUUUGUGCAGUUGGUCUUUGCAGGAGAAAAUGACUCUUCUCCACUGGCAAUGGCAGUGCAAAACUCUUAUGAAGAGCCCAAAGAGUACAUUCUCCUGGAUGGCAACAGUCUGACCACAGCUGAUCUGGUCAGCUUAGGUCAAGGCCUCUUCAAAAUAAAGUUAACCCCCGAGGCAGAGCUGAAAGUCAGAAAGAGCAGAGAGGUUAUUGAUGGUUUUAUCAGAGAAGGCAGAGUUAUGUAUGGAGUCAAUACUGGUUUUGGAAAGUUUGCACAUACACUCAUACCAAAAGAAGAACUGACACAGUUGCAGGAAAAUGUGAUUCAAUCUCAUUGUGCUGGAGUGGGCGCCCCAUUGAGUGUAGAGAGGACUCGCAUGUUGCUGGUGCUGAGAAUCAAUGUCCUUGCGAAAGGCCACAGUGGCGUCUCCAUGGAAACCCUUGACGCUAUGAUAAAGGCCUUCAAUGCAUCCUGCUUGUCCUGGGUACCAGAAAAGGGCACCGUGGGAGCAAGUGGGGACUUGGCCCCCCUUGCUCACCUCACCCUGGGGCUGACGGGGAAGGGCAAGAUGUGGUCUCCGCAGAGCGGCUGGGCUGAUGCCAAGGCUGUGUUGGAGGGCCAUGGGCUCAAACCUCUUGUGCUGAAACCAAAGGAGGGAAUCGCUCUGAUCAAUGGGACUCAGCUCAUAUCAUCUCUGGGUGCGGAGGCUGUGGAGAGAGCGCUGGGCGUAGCCAAACAAGCUGACAUCAUUGCAGCCAUGACUCUGGAAGCCCUGAAAGGCACAACAAAGGCCUUCCACAGUGCUAUCCAUGCAGUGAGACCUCACCCUGGUCAGGUGGAGGUGGCCCAGAGGCUUCGCUCUCUGUUACACUCUGAUGUUUUCCCUUCUCAGAUCUCAGAGAGUCAUAAAUCAUGCGGUCGUGUUCAGGAUGCCUACACUCUCCGCUGUAUCCCACAGGUUCAUGGAGUGGUGAAUGACACAAUCGCUUUUGUCCACAAUGUGAUAUCCACUGAGCUGAACAGUGCCACAGACAACCCACUGGUAUUUGCUGAAACUGGGGAGACAAUGUCUGGAGGGAAUUUCCAUGGAGAGUAUCCAGCCAAGGUCCUGGAUUACUUGGCCAUAGGUGUGCACGAGCUGGCCAGUAUGAGUGAGAGGAGGAUUGAGAGGUUGGUGAACCCCAACCUCAGUGAACUGCCUGCCUUCCUUGUCAAGGAUGGAGGGUUGAACAAUGGCUUCAUGAUUGCACACUGCACUGCUGCUGCCUUAGUGUCAGAGAAUAAGGCUCUGUGCCACCCAUCCUCCGUUGACUCUCUGUCCACCAGUGCAGCAACAGAGGACCAUGUGUCUAUGGGCGGCUGGGCUGCUCGCAAAGCCCUGAGAGUCGUGGAGCAUGUGGAGCAAGUGUUAGCCAUAGAGCUGCUGGCCGCCUGCCAGGCUCUGGAGUUCCUGCGUCCUCUGAAGACCACCACUCCUCUGGAGAAGGUCUACGAGCUGCUGCGCUCUGUGGUCAGUGCUUGGGACAAAGACCGCAUCAUGAGUCCUGACAUAGAAGCUGCUCACGCACUCGUCAGAGAGCAAAAGGUCUGGAGGACAGUUGAGGCGUACAUGGAGGAAUACAGGAAGAAGCUGCAGGCAUGAGUAUGUUCAGAUGCCACACACACACACGAGAGGAACCUCAACCUUACUCAGUA